AUGAAAAUGUCUCCCUGCGGCGCUGGCUCUCCGCGCGGCCUCGUGUGGCUAGCGAGCUGCAUGGCGGAUACAGGUCGCCCGAGGGGGGUUGAGGGAGAGGAGGAGGAGGAGGAGGAUCCAAACGGUCCCCUCCGGGGCACUAGCCUGUGUGGGUGCCCUGUGGUGCAGCCAUCGCGACAUCUCGCACGCAGGUCUCAGUGGCGCAACAGGCGCAAUGUCCGGCGCCUUCAUACCGCGUGGCUAUCGCAUCAUAAUAAUGCUGAUGCGCAGGUCCGCGGUGUGCAGCGGGUGGCUGUAGCUAGGUUACUUACCUCCAGCAGCCUUCUCCUAGCUAAGAGCAGCUUGCAGUUUCGGGAGCGCCGCGAAAGCCGGCUCCGCAAUCUCUUUUCAUGUGGGCGAAUGAUGCACCCCCACGCUGUGCCGCAUGCUGCUGCUGCAACACACACCACAUCGCACCGUGUCGGACACAUCGCUGCAGCUUACGCCAGAGCGCUUUUCAACAAGCAGCGCUCUGUCCGCGGCAGUAGCGACACUGAAGCCUGUAUUGCAGCGUUGCAAAACGCCGCAGUCCCCAUCAACACCACCUCCUCCUCAAAGUCCCUCGAAACACGUCCCAAGACUACACAUCCCCGCCACAACCUCCGCAUCACGGCGACCACAACCCCAGGAAACCUCCCCCACAAACACACGCCCAUUACGGUGAAAAUCCGCCACCACUCCGCCGGACUGGCCGCGCACGCGCAGCGUCCCCCCCCCACAUCCAUCAUGAACACCCGUGCGCGCGUGUGGCACCUGAUUUGGCAAUCGCCGUUAUGCAUCCGUCGGCAAUCCAUGCGCAGGGAACGGACAAAACACAAACACACAUAA